UGAGAUGAGAGAGAAUGAUUUUGAAGUACUUGAUAUAUUUUUUAGCAUUGGAGUUGCUUAUUGGUACAGAGUUUUCCAGUCUCGUCGCGUCGCGUAUGGAAGCUCGUAAUUCUACUUCAGCGAUUCACAUCCUUCCCUCCGCCCUCUCUCGAUCCCAAUCUCCACCAAGGGUUUUUCAAUUUCCAAAUUUUCCCUGCACAACAUCAGUAACCCACACGCGCCCACUGAGCCCUUACACAUUUAUCUCUUUGAUCUUCUCUUUUAAUUCUGUGAUUGAUUUUGUCUGAUCAACGGCCAAUUUGAUUUGUAAGAGCUUUUUUAGUGUUUCAGUCGAGGAGCUAUCCAUUGUUUUACCCGAUUCAAACAUUUGAUUUCAUUCUUUGGAAAGUUUUGAUUCCAUUUCCUAAUACAGCUCUAGGGUUUUGGCUGUUUGUGUGCCGGGAAAGGUUGUAACGAACUGGGUAAGAGUGCAGAAGAAAAAUUUCUGCUUGUUGAUCUGCGGGGACAUUGCAUCUUUGGAGAAAUUUUGCGGCUUGGGAGGAUUUGUGUGGUGAACAAUGAGGGGGUGUGCAAAACCCUAAGUUUAUUCCGAGUUCUGAAUAUGAGCAAUGGGGAUUUGGAGAUUUCCACGAGGAGAGCCUGAUGAGUUUCAAAGACGUGGAGCCGAUGAGUUUGGGCGUGCAGUAUCGAUGGUUGCAGUGGCGCAGAUAUGUCAGAGCGUUGGGUUUCAGGGGUUCAAGGGGUCUGCACUGGACUCGCUUGCGGACAUUACAAUCCGGUGCCUCCGUGACCUAGGUAAAGCCGCAAGUUUCAAUGCGAAUUUAGCUGGUAGAACGGAAUGCAAUCUUUUUGAUGUUAUUCAGGGUUUGGAGGAUUUGAAACUUACUCAAAGUUUUCCUGGUGGGUCGUCUUGGUGCAGUUGUCUUAUGAGUUCGGGAAUCAUGAAGGAAAUAUCUGAGUUUGUGUGGUCAAAUGAUGAAAUUCCUUAUGCGCAUCCCCUGCCUCGGUUUCCAGUGAUUAGGAGUAUGAGAUUGAUACCUAGUUUUGUACAAAUGAGUGAAACACCGCCUGUUAAGCGUAUCCCGGCAUGGUUGCCAGCAUUUCCCGAUCCUCACACUUAUGUACACACACCCAUGUGGAAUGAGAGGGCGACGGAUCUUCGUGCUGAUAAGAUUGAGCAAGCAAGGCAACGGAGAAAGACAGAGAGGGUCUUGCUGAGUUUGCAGCAGAGACUGGUCAGCAGUAAUGGUGUUGUGGGAACUUCGGCUUCAGAGGAUAAUGAAAAUGAUGGGAAUGAAUCAGGUAUAGUCUGUACAGUGGAGAGUGGUUCAUACCUUCUUGUUCACUUUUUGGAGAAAGAUGAUUCUGCUCUAGCUAACGAUACAAAUGGAGCAGUGGGGCAAAGUCAUUUUUCUGUGCUACAGGCAUUUGCAACUGCCAUUGAGAUUGCGAAAGGUGGGAUUAAUGAUGAGGGAGAUGGUGAGAAAACGUUAUUUUCUGGAAGGCCGCCCUGUGUGAAUUUUAAGGUCAAAACCAGCAAGAAAGUUUUUGGUGAGCCCUUCAGUUUGUAUCAUCAAAAGAAGGGUGGAGGUAGAAUGAUGACAAGGUUAUGGCCGGAUGAGGAGAGAGAUGACAAAAAGAGAAGAGCUGAGUAUAUACUUAGACUAUCCAUGGAAAACCCACAGGAACUCACUCAGUUGUGAAUCAGUUUAUCGACUGGCUGGCUUUGUGGACAUGUUUUUUUGUUUAGCUUGAAGCCAGUAGUCACUG